AACAGACCCAAAGAAGCUUAAGCUCAGUUAAGAUGGCGGCAUGUGGAUGAGGAGGUUGUACAUUUCAGCUCUUCGGUUUCUUUAAACGAAGGGAUUCAUAUUGAAACACGUUCUCAAACCUAUCACGUUAAGAAAAGAAACAAAUUCCCCAAUAUAGUUUUAAAGCGGGACCGAGCCCAUGACGUCCAUUCACUUCGUGGUUCACCCGUUACCCGGGACCGAAGACCAGCUUAAUGACAGGCUUCGUGAAGUCUCAGAAAAGCUCAACAAAUUCAACUGCAACAGUCAUCCACACCUUAUUCCAUUGGAGCAGGCCAAACUUAAACAGUGUGUGGUUGGACCAAAUCAUGCUGGAUUUCUCCUUGAGGAUGGACGUAUCUGUAGGAUAAGCUUUGCCGUCCAGCCAGACCGCCUGGAGCUCGGCAAACCAGAUGGCAAUGAUGGUUCAAAGUUGAGCAGUGUCUCAGGAGCAGGAAGGAGCUCCAGGCCAGGCAGGACUAGUGAUCCGCCCUGGUUCCUGUCUGGUUCUGAUACACUGGGCAGACUGGCAGGCAACACCCUUGGGAGCCGCUGGAGCUCAGGAGUAAAUGGAGGCGGCAGCGGAGGAGGGGGCAGUGGAGGUGGAGGUGUGGGAGGAGGCGGGGCUAGUGGAGGGGGAGGCGGUGGAGGUGCAGCAGGGGGUGGAUCUUCAGGCCGCUCCUCCACAGCUGCUCGUGAUUCACGCAGACAGACUCGUGUGAUCCGCACGGGCAGAGACCGAGGUUCGGGCCUUCUGGGCAGCCAGCCACAGCCGGUCAUCCCAGCAUCUGUUAUCCCGGAGGAGCUCAUUUCACAGGCCCAAGUGGUUCUUCAGGGGAAGUCCAGGAGCGUCAUCAUCCGAGAGCUGCAGCGCACAAACCUGGAUGUAAACUUGGCUGUAAACAACCUGCUGAGCCGAGAUGAUGAGGACGGAGAUGACGGCGAUGAUACGGCUAGCGAGUCCUACUUACCUGGAGAAGACUUGAUGUCUCUGCUGGAUGCGGACAUUCACUCCGCUCACCCUAGUGUGAUUAUUGAUGCGGAUGCCAUGUUCUCCGAGGACAUCAGCUACUUUGGCUAUCCCUCCUUUCGCCGCUCAUCUUUGUCUCGUCUCGGCUCCUCGCGAGUUCUCCUUCUCCCCCUAGAGCGAGACUCCGAGCUGCUCCGCGAGCGAGAGUCGGUCCUGAGGCUACGUGAGAGGAGGUGGCUGGACGGGGCCUCAUUCGAUGCCGAACGUGGCUCCUCCAGCCGCGAAGGAGAGCCUAACCUCGAUAAGAAGAGUCUGCCGCUGCAGAGCCCCGUCACGCUGGGGGAGGAGCUUCAGUGGUGGCCUGAUAAGGACUAUGUAACAAAAUUUGUCAGCAUUGGGGCUUUGUACUCGGAGCUCGUUGCCAUCAGCACUAAAGGGGAGCUGUACCAGUGGAAGUGGAACGAGCCGGAACCUUAUAGAAACGCACAAAAUCCUUCUAUUCAUCACCCUCGUGUUCCUUUCCUGGGCCUAACCAAUGAAAAGAUCACUCACCUCUCUGCCAACAGUAUCAGAGCCACCGUGGCCACAGAGAGCAACAAGGUGGCCACAUGGGUGGAUGAGACGCUGAGCACUGUAGCUGCUAAACUAGAACACGGAGCGCAGAUGUUUCCAGAGCUGCAGGGCGAGCGCAUCGUCUCCCUGCACUGCUGCGCUCUGUACACGUGUGCGCAGCUGGAGAGCAGCCUUUACUGGUGGGGUGUCGUGCCUUUCAGCCAAAGGAAGAAGAUGCUUGAAAAGGCCAGAGCCAAGAACAAGAAGCCAAAGUCCACCGGCGGCAUGUCUUCUAUACCCAACAUCACUGUAGGGACUCAGGUGUGUCUGAGGAAUAACCCUCUAUAUCACGCUGGUGCCGUGGCCUUCUCUGUGAAUGCUGGGAUUCCUAAAGUGGGCGUCCUGUUGGAGUCCGUGUGGAAUAUGAAUGACAGCUGUCGUUUCCAGCUCCGCUCACCCGAGAGUCUGAAGAACAUGGAGAAGAACACCAAGACACAGGAGACCAAGACGGAGAGCAAACCAGAGUUGGUGAAGACAGAAAUGGGACCUCCACCGUCUCCAGCGUCCACGUGCAGCGACACAUCCUCCAUCGCUAGCAGUGCAUCUCUGCCCUACAAACGAAGGCGCUCAACACCAGCACCAAAGGAGGAGGAGAAAGUCAACGAGGAGCAGUGGCCUCUACGAGAGGUUGUCUUUGUGGAGGACGUUAAGAACGUCCCUGUGGGAAAGGUGCUAAAAGUCGAUGGUGCAUAUGUUGCUGUGAAAUUUCCAGGGACGUCGAGCAGCGUGAGCAGCCAAAGCGCAGCUCCGCCUGACUCUGACCCCUCCUUACUGCUGCAGGACUGUCGACUGCUCCGUAUCGAUGAGCUCCAGGUUGUUAAAACGGGCGGAACACCAAAAGUUCCAGACUGUUUUCAGCGCACGCCUAAAAAACUUUGCAUCCCAGAAAAGGCUGAAAUUCUAGCUGUGAACGUUGACUCCAAAGGAGUUCAUGCCGUGUUAAAAACUGGCAGCUGGGUACGGUAUUGUAUCUUUGACUUGGCCACUGGCAAAGCCGAGCAGGAAAAUCACUUUCCCACCAGUAAUCUAGCUUUCCUUGGCCAGAGUGAACGUAACGUGGCGAUCUAUACGGCUGGCCAGGAAAGUCCCAUCAUUUUAAGAGAUGGAAACGGCACCAUUUAUCCCAUGGCUAAAGACUGUAUGGGGGGAAUACGAGACCCCGAUUGGCUGGACUUGCUGCCCAUUUCUAGUUUGGGCAUGGGAGUUCACUCACUCGCUAACCUUCCCAGUAACUCCACAAUUAAAAAGAAAGCAGCUAUCAUCAUCAUGGCCGUAGAGAAGCAGACGUUGAUGCAGCACGUGCUACGGUGCGAUUACGAGGUGUGCAGGCAGUACUUGAUGAGUCUGGAGCAGGCAAUGCUGCUCGAUCCGAACCCUCAUGCGCUGGACGCUCUGCUUGGCCACCGCUGCGAUGGCAACCGUAAUGUCCUCCAUGCCUGCGUGUCUGUCUGCUUCCCUGUCAGCAACAAGGAAACAAAGGAGGAAGAAGAAGCUGAGCGCUCUGAGAGGAACACGUUUGCUGAGAGGCUGUCAGCCGUAGAGGCCAUUGCUAAUGCAAUUUCAGUGGUGUCCAGCAACAGCUCCGGGAACCGAACUGGAUCGUCCAGCAGUCGAGGCUUGCGUUUAAGGGAGAUGAUGAGGCGCUCUCUACGAGCUGCAGGUCUGGGCCGCCACGAGUCCGGACCGUCCUCCAGCGACCACCAAGACCCUGUUUCGCCCCCUAUUGCACCUCCCAGCUGGGUACCGGACCCUCCACCAAUGGAUCCUGAUGGUGAUAUUGAUUUCAUCUUGGCCCCUGCAGUGGGCUCACUUACCACUGCCUCCACAGGCACCAGCCAGGGACCCAGCACUUCCACUAUACCAGGGCCCUCAUCUGAACCGUCAGUGGUGGAGUCUAAAGACAGAAAGGCCAAUGCACACCUGAUACUGAAGCUGAUGUGUGACAGUGUCGUUCUGCGGCCUCAUUUAAGAGAGCUGCUCUCUGCCAAGGACGCCCGUGGAAUGACUCCAUUCAUGUUGGCAGUGAGUGGGAGGGCUUACCCGGCUGCAAUUACCGUUUUGGAAGCAGCCCAAAAAAUAGCCAAAGGUGAAUCGGGUCACGGAGAAAAAGAGGACGUAACAUCCGUGUUCAUGGAGAUGAUCUGUCCUCCAGGCACCAAUCCAGACGACUCUCCUCUCUACGUCCUUUGCUGUAAUGACACCUGCAGCUUUACCUGGACCGGAGCUGAGCACAUUAACCAGGACAUCUUUGAGUGCCGGACCUGCGGUCUACUCGAGUCUUUGUGCUGCUGCACUGAAUGCGCCAGAGUUUGUCACAAGGGUCACGACUGCAAGCUGAAGAGAACGUCUCCCACUGCAUACUGUGACUGCUGGGAGAAAUGUAAAUGUAAGACGCUCAUCGCCGGCCAGAAGGCAGCUCGUCUGGAUCUGCUCUACCGGCUCCUGACCACCACUAAUCUAGUUACCACACCCAACAGCAGAGGAGAGCACAUCUUGCUGUUUCUGGUGCAGACUGUUGCUAGGCAGAGCGUGGAGCAUUGUCAGUAUCGACCACCUCGCAUUCGAGAGGACCGGAACCGGAAGGCCGCCAGCGCUGAAGACUCUGAUAUGCCUGAUCAUGAUCUGGAGCCUCCUCGGUUUGCUCAGCUCGCAUUAGAGCGAGUGUUACAGGACUGGAACGCCCUCAAGUCAAUGAUAAUGUUCGGCUCUCAGGAAAACAAAGACCCUCUAAGUGCCAGCAGCAGAAUUGCACACCUCUUACCAGAAGAGCAGAUGUACCUGAACCAGCAGAGCGGCACCAUCAGGCUGGACUGUUUCACACACUGUCUUAUUGUCAAGUGUGCACCAGACAUCACCUUUAUUGACACACUGUUAGGGACUCUGGUGAAGGAGCUGCAGAACAAAUACACCCCUGGCCGAAGGGAGGAGGCCAUUAAUGUCACGCGCAGGUUCCUGCGCUCCGUGGCCAGAGUCUUUGUAAUCCUCAGUGUGGAAAUGGCUUCCUCGAAGAAGAAAAACAACUUCAUCCCUCAGCCCAUCGGGAAGUGCAGGCGAGUGUUUCAGGCGCUGUUGCCGUAUGCAGUGGAGGAGCUCUGCAAUGUGGCCGAAUCCCUGAUCGUGCCGGUGCGUAUGGGCAUCGCCCGCCCGACGGCCCCCUUCACCCUGGCCAGCACCAGCAUUGAUGCGGUGCAGGGCAGCGAGGAGCUCUUCUCUGUGGAGCCUCUCCCACCACGACCCUCUCCAGAUCAGUCCAGCAGCUCCAGUGCAUCUGUCUCCUCAUACAUCAUCAGAAACCCACAGCCCCGACGCAGCAGUCAGUCACAGACGGCCCGCGGACGUGACGAGGAGCAGGAUGAUAUUGUGUCUGCCGAUGUAGAAGAGGUGGAGGUGGUGGAGGGUGUUGCAGGUGAAGAGGAUCACCAUGACGACCAGGAGGAGGCAGGGGAGGAGAAUGCAGAGGCUGAAGGGCAGCAUGAUGAACACGAUGAGGAUGGAAGCGAUAUGGAGUUGGAUUUACUUGCUGCUGCUGAGACUGAGAGUGACAGUGAGAGUAACCAUAGCAACCAAGACAAUGCAAGUGGCCGGCGGAGCGUUGUGACGGCUGCGACCGCAGGAUCUGAAGCAGGUGCCAGCAGUGUUCCUGCAUUCUUCUCAGAAGACGAUUCUCAGUCAAAUGACUCGAGCGAUUCAGACAGCAGCAGCAGUCAGAGUGAUGACGUGGACCAGGAAACAUACCUGCUGGAUGAACCUCUAGAAAGAACCACGGGUUCAGCGCACGCCAAUAGCGCUGCCCAGGCACCACGGUCCAUGCAGUGGGCUGUCCGCACCACACCUAGUCAGCGCACUGCUGGAGGAGCACCAUCCAGCUCAUCCACACCUGCUGCGAGCUCCACAGGGCUUAUUUACAUCGACCCGUCCAACCUGCGACGCAGCAGUGCGAUCAGCACCAGCGCAGCCGCCGCGGCCGCAGCCUUGGAGGCCAGUAACUCCAGCAGCUACCUGACAUCCGCCAGCAGCCUGGCUCGAGCGUACAGCAUCGUCAUCCGACAGAUCUCUGACCUCAUGAGCCUCAUACCCAAGUACAAUCACCUGGUCUACUCCCAGUACCCCGCCGCUGUCAAACUGACCUAUCAGGAUGCCGUCAACCUACAGAACUUUGUGGAGGACAAGUUGAUCCCGACUUGGAACUGGAUGGUGUCCAUUAUGGAUUCUACAGAAGCUCAGCUGCGUUACGGCUCAGCGUUGUCCUCUGCUGGGGAUCCUGGUCACCCCAGUCAUCCACUGCACGCUUCCCAGCAUGCCGGUCGAAGGGAGCGCAUGACCGCACGUGAGGAAACCAGCCUCCGCACCCUCGAGGGUCGACGUCGUGCUGCCACGCUUUUGACGGCUCGUCAGGGGAUGAUGUCAGCACGUGGAGACUUCUUGAACUACGCUCUUUCUCUGAUGCGUUCCCAUAAUGACGAGCACUCGGACGUUCUACCCGUGCUGGAUGUGUGCUCGCUCAAACACGUAGCUUACGUCUUUCAAGCCCUUAUAUACUGGAUCAAAGCCAUGAAUCUGCAGACCACACUCGACACCACACAGAUAGACAGGAAAAGGAAUCGUGAGCUGCUGGAACUUGGCUUAGACAAUGAAGACUCUGAACAUGAGAACGAUGAAGACACCAAUCAGAGCUCCACUCUCCAGGAUAAAGACGAGGAGACUGUCCCUGCUGAGACCGGACAUAAUCAUCCGUUCUUCCGCCGCUCCGACUCCAUGACCUUUCUGGGAUGCAUCCCUCCUAACCCAUUUGAAGUUCCCCUUGCUGAGGCUAUUCCUCUGGCUGACCAGCCACAUCUUCUGCAGCCCAAUGCCAGAAAGGAGGACCUGUUUGGACGGCCGAGUCAAGGCCUCUACUCGUCUUCGUACAUGGCCAGCAAAGGUCUGACAGAUCUGACUGUGGACAUGAACUGCCUGCAGAUUCUGCCCACAAAGAUGUCGUAUUCUGCAAACAUGAAGAACGUGAUGAGCAUGGAGUCUCGGCAGAGGAGCGGAGACGAGCAGCCCUCCACAGAGCCGGACAUGGAUACGUCUAAACCCGGCCCCUCCCCUCACGACCUGGCCGCUCAAUUGAAGAGCAGCCUUCUGGCAGAGAUCGGUCUGACAGAGAGCGACGGCCCACCGCUGCCCACCUUUAUUCCACAUUGCAGUUUUAUGGGGAUGGUGAUCUCUCAUGACAUGCUGCUGGGCCGAUGGCGCCUGUCUUUGGAGCUGUUCGGUCGAGUUUUCAUGGAGGAUGUGGGAGCGGAACCAGGAUCUAUUCUGACUGAACUGGGAGGUUUUGAGGUGAAAGAGUCCAAGUUUCGGCGGGAGAUGGAGAAGCUGAGGAACCUGCAGUCUCGUGAUCUGGCGCUGGAGGUGGACCGGGACCGAGAGCAGCUCAUCCAACAGACCAUGAGGCAGCUGAACGCUCACUUCGGGCGCCGCUGCACCACCACACCUAUGGCUGUGCACCGCGUCAAAGUCACAUUUAAGGACGAGCCAGGAGAGGGCAGCGGAGUGGCGCGCAGUUUUUACACGGCUAUCGCGCAGGCCUUCCUGUCCAAUGACAAACUGCCCAACCUUGACUGCGUGCAGAGCGUCAGCAAGGGAAUGCAGGCGAGCAAUCUCAUGCAGCGGUUGAGGAACAGAGAUCGUGAGCGUGAGAGGAGAAGUGGAGGACUCAGAGCUGCAUCCAGACGUGACCGAGACAGGGAUUCGAGGAGGCAGCUGUCGAUCGAUACGCGACCGUUCAGACCUGCCUCUGAAGGAAACCCCAGUGAUGAGCCUGAACCCUUACCAGCCCACAGACAGGCACUGGGAGAGAGGCUUUAUCCCAGAGUUCAUGCCAUGCAACCGGCGUUUGCCAGUAAAAUCACGGGGAUGCUGCUGGAACUUUCUCCCGCUCAGCUGCUGUUGCUCCUGGCCAGUGAGGAUUCACUCCGAGCUCGUGUAGAAGAAGCCAUGGAGCUGCUCAUAACACACGGAAGGGAAAACGGUGCUGAUAGCAUUCUGGACCUCGGCCUCCUCGAUGCUCCUGAGAAAGCACAGGUACAGCAGGACAAUCGGAAGAGGCACGGAUCCACUCGCAGUGUUGUGGACAUGGAGCUGGAUGACCCUGAUGAUGGAGAUGAUAACGCUCCUCUGUUCUACCAGCCUGGCAAAAGAGGAUUUUACUCUCCUCGUCCGGGAAAGAACACGGAAGCUCGGCUCAACUGCUUCCGGAAUAUCGGCAGAAUACUCGGCUUAUGUCUGUUGCAGAACGAGCUUUGCCCGAUUACUCUUAAUCGACACGUCAUCAAGGUGUUACUGGGCAGGAAGGUGAAUUGGCAUGACUUUGCUUUCUUUGACCCGGUGAUGUACGAGAGCUUGAGGCAGCUGAUUCGUCACUCUCAGACCGAGGAGGCCGAGGCCGUGUUUGCCGCUAUGGAUCUGGCGUUUGCUAUCGACCUCUGUAAGGAGGAAGGAUCUGGACAGGUGGAGCUGCUGGCAGGUGGUGUCAACAUGCCCGUGACCCCUCUCAAUGUAUACGAAUAUGUGAGGAGAUACGUGGAGCACCGGAUGCUGGUGGUUGCCGAACAGCCACUUCAUGCCAUGAGGAAGGGUCUUCUGGACGUGCUUCCAAAGAAUGCUCUAGAAGAUCUGACAGCAGAAGACUUCCGACUGCUGGUCAAUGGCUGUGGAGAAGUCAAUGUCCAGAUGCUCAUCAGCUUCACAUCUUUCAAUGAUGAGUCGGGGGAGAAUGCAGAGAAGCUGCUGCAGUUCAAACGCUGGUUUUGGUCCAUCGUUGAGAAGAUGAACAUGACUGAGAGGCAGGACCUGGUGUACUUCUGGACCUCCAGCCCGUCUCUACCGGCCAGCGAAGAGGGAUUUCAGCCCAUGCCCUCCAUCACUAUCCGCCCGCCGGACGACCAGCACCUGCCCACCGCCAACACCUGCAUCUCCCGCCUUUAUGUGCCACUCUACUCUUCCAAACAGAUUCUCAAACAGAAACUUUUACUCGCCAUCAAGACCAAGAACUUCGGUUUUGUGUAGUUAAACGAAACGCGUUUCAUUGUUGUGUAAUAUUACUAGUUCCAUUUUUGUAGAUUUAUUUUUUGUCUAUACAGUUUUAUGAAAUUUAAAGUGCUGCCGCGCCCCCGGUGGUCGUUUGUUUGGUCCGCGUUGCAAACGUGGACGUCUUGUUCUUAUUUUGUUUGUUUUUUUAUUUUAUUUCUGUUAUUGGAGUAUUACAACAUUCCUGCAUUGGCUUUUGUAAAGUUGAAGCCCUGCAGCUUCAUUGGUUUGAACUGUAACGUCCCGUAAAUUUGGCCCGAUGGUAAACGGUCCGCCAAACCCCAGCCAAAGACGACAGCGAGGAGUAUUUAAAGAAAAAGAAAGGUUACACUGUGAUUUAUUUUAUUUUAUUUGUCCUGCCCAAAACGUCAAAUUAUUAUCACCGAGAGUUCACUGCUGCCUUUGUGGAAAGUCAUUUUUUCUUGUAUAGAGGGAGUGGGGGAUAUUUCAAAAUAAACUUGGAUGCAAACUAG